AUGUCGCCCAACGAUCCCAUCGUCAUCUCGGACGACGACGAAACUGCAUCCGAAUCCGAGAGGGACCCGCCCCCGUCGCGCACCCAUCCGACCACCACGGCCAAACCCACCCUCACCACAGCAUCACAACCCCCCACUGCCGCAGCAUCGUCGAGCAACACCGCAUCGUCGUCGAAGGAUUCCACAGCAUCGACCCUCCCGGCGCCCCCGCAGUCCUUUCUCGUCGCCCUCGACCGCGCGCAGAUGGAGCGCGAUAGGCGCGAGCGCAACCGCAAGCGCCGUCGCGCAGAGGGCAACGCCUCCAGCUCCGAGGACGACAAGAAAACCCAAAACAAGGCCAUCAAGGUCUCGCACAGCGAUGGCCAGGCUACAGCCUCCUCCUCAUCAGCCGCGUCCCUCCCCACAACCGCGCCCACAGGCUCUCGAACCGAGUCGAUCCGUCCCGACGACCGUUUCUGGCACGGCACCGUCAAAGUCUCUUACAAUGAGCACGCCGUCGCCGGCUUGAGGGGCUGUACCUUCGACUCAUUGCUUCUGCCGGCGACGCCCUCGGCGGCUCGCGGGCUGAGGAGCGUCGUCAUGUCCACCUAUGACCUGCACAUUGACUGGCUGCAGGCCCACUUUCCGCGCGACAUCAGCGCCACCCUCAUCUACGAUCCUCCGCCCAUCAAUGAACGCUCCUUCGCCAGACCCGUGCCCUCAGGUCUUUAUCCAAUCAGUCGCAUCCCUGGUAGCCUGGAUAUCCCGGGCUGGACCUGGGCCGUGCCGCGGCUUCCAAAGGGAGGUCCCCUGACACAGCAUGUCAAGCUCCUUGUGCUCGAGCACGCCGACUUCGUCCGCGUCGCCAUCCUCUCCGCGAACCUCAACGCCAUGGACUGGGAGACGAGCGAGAACACCGCCUUCAUCCAAGACUUUCCGCUGCGCUCGGUCGGAGCGCGAGCGGAAGCACCGCCGACCGCGGGGCGGCCAUCGACCAACGACUUCGAGGAUCAGCUCGGCCGCGUCCUUCGCAGCUUCGGCGUCCUACCGCAGAGCCACCCGAUCUGGACCACGCUCGCUCGCACCGACUUCUCCAAGGCGGCUGCAAGGAUCGUCGCAAGCUGGCCCCAGUCGGGUCCCCUCGCGGGCUGGGACUCGAUGGAGGUCCAAGGCCUGAGCAGGCUCGGCAAGGUCGUCAGAGAUCUGGGCUUGCCUCUGGAGAAGGGAGGCGUCCUGAUCGAAGCGCAGGGCUCAUCGCUGGCAACGUACAACCGAAAGUGGCUCCACCAGUUCGAGCUGAUCGCCUCGGGCAUCGACCCGCGAGGUGUCCUGCCGCUCAGCACGCAGGAUGCCAAGCAGGCCUUGCCGCCUAUCAAGAUCCUGUUCCCCACGCAGCGCUACGUCGAGGAGGGCUCGGCAUCCGGCAUCGCAGGCGGCGGGACGUUCUUUGGCAAGGCGGAUACAUGGGCCGCGUCCGAGUUCAAGGCACUCUACCACCAGCCGCGCAGUCGGCGCGGCGAGCUGCUCAUGCACGCCAAAUCGUUGCUCGCCUUCUUGCCGUCGGCACAGGAUGUUAUCGACCAAGCCUUCCGCGAUGGACAAACGCUCAAGGAGGGUGGCAGCAGCGCAGGCUCUUCGACGGCCCGAAGCAGCGGCAGCGCCGGCGGCGGUAGCGGCGGCAGCAGCACGGCAGAACGGCCCAUCGGCUGGACGUACUUGGGCAGCUCCAACUUUACGAAGGCGGCGCACGGCACCAUCAGCGGCAGGCAGACGGCACCGACCAUGUCGACGUCCAACUGGGAGCUCGGCGUCGUCUUCCCGCUCUACAGGAGCGAGGUCGAGCGCAGCGGGGCCGACUGCCUCGCCCUCCGCGCCAUCACCUAUCGGCGCCCGGUGGAGCCCUAUGGACCGGAAGACACGCCCUGGGACAUCAUGACCUUGAAGAGGGCGCUGGUAGAGGCCGAGCGCAGACGGCGCGAACUGCAAAGCGGCUUGGCGAUGUAG